AUGCCGAAAGCAGAAGUUGGUUCUACGAAGUACCUAAACAACAAGCUCAAGUCCAAGGGGCUCCAGCGGUUACGAUGGUAUUGCCAAGUCUGCGAAAAGCAAUGUCGAGAUGCCAACGGCUUCAAGAUGCACGUCCAGGCAGAGUCGCAUGUGCGACAAAUGCUCCUCGUUGGUGAAGACCCAAAGAAAUACAUAAACGACUACAGCAAUCAAUUCCAGCGGGACUUCCUGCUACUCCUUCGCACAUCCCACGGCGAGAAGAAGGUCCAGCUCAACCACUUUUACCAGGAGUACAUAGGCAACAAAGAGCACAUUCACAUGAACGCUACAAAAUGGCCGUCGCUGACGGAGUUUGCAAAACAUCUUGGGAGGGAGGGGAUUUGUAGAGUGGAGGACGACGAAAAGGGAAUACAUGUGGCGUGGAUUGAUAACAGCCCUGAGGCGUUGAGGAGGCAGGAUGCCAUUCGGAAGAAGGAGAGGCAGGAUAAAGGGGAUGAGGAGAGGGAGCAGAUGUUGAUCAGGGAACAGGUUAAGAGGGCUGAGGCGGAAGUUGGGGGGAAGGGGGAGGACGAUAUUGAUGGUACGGAGAGGGAGCUGAAGAGAGAAGGGGACGAGAAGAUCAAGCUUAAUUUCGGGACGAAGGCUGGGCCGUCGAAAGCAGAAACUUCAUCCACUGCUACUGGAUCAGAUGCGAAGAAAGAUUCCGCUUCAGGCUCACCAGCUGCCGAGAAUCCUGUCCCGGAUGGCAGCGAGCCGAAGGUUUCUUCAGACAAGCCUGCCGACUCCACGGAGACCCCUGCUGCAGCAGAGCCGUCGACUGCUCCAGGGAAGGUGUCGUUGAAGAUGGGGUUCUCAAGCAAACCCAAGAAUGUGUUUGCCGCUGCGAAGAAGAACGCUCUGGGUGGUAAAAAAGCCGCUGUUAUAGAACAACCAAAGAAGAUGAGCGAAGCAGAACGGAUCAUGAAGGAAGAGAUGGAGCGGAAAAGACAACGAGGGCCUUCUGGGUUUGGAGGUCCGGCGCAGAAAAAACAACGGUUCUAA